AUGCGUAUCGAUCACGACUAUAAGGGACUGUUGGAUAACAUAAAAAAAUAUAGUAAAGAGAGUGACAAUUAUAAUAACGGUUAUAAAGCACGAGAUGACCAUAAAAAUAGCGGUUAUGGUUCGCCAUCUGGUUAUGGACACCAACGAAGACAUGAUGAUUAUGACUCAGACAGCUAUCAGACUUAUAGAAAGGCUGACUACGGCUCAUAUUCAACACCUAAUUAUCAGAUGAAAUACGAGACACCAAAAUAUGAGUCAAAAUAUGAAGACAUCAAAUAUGACAGUAAACCUAGUUAUGGACAACAAGGAUAUGGACUAACACUUGGACAGAGUUAUCCUCAGACCAGUUAUGAACCUACAUAUGAAAAGACCUAUAGCUCACCAGUCAGUGCCUACAGACACGUUGAGAUUAAGCCGAUCCAAACCCAAGGUUAUGGCGGUAAAGAUCAUGUGAUAGAUGUAAAGGACGACCAACCGAUUGUCAUACACUUCAGGACUCACGCCAAUCGUGUCAAAGUAGAACAAACGAGAAUACCGGAUCAUCCGCCACAAGUGGAGCACCAGAAGAGUGAGGAUGAGCCCCACCGAGUGGUUCACGAGGUUUACAAACCAGUCAUUCAGGAGGUGCGCGAAAUCAUACAACCUUUCCGUAAAGUCAUACAACAGGUGCAACCGGUUGUUGAAGAGGUUCAGACUGUCGUUCAUAAGGGAACGGGAAGACGUGGAUCAGGGGGUGGAGAGUAUGACCAAAAGCAAGUGGUGGACAGCUAUGGAAAGAGUGCCAACAAAAAAUACAGUAGCAUUAAGGACUACUUACCUCAGGGCUCAAUCGUGUCACAUAAAAGCAUACCCGCCUACAGGCCUAUCACUAAAGGGUCGACAGUUCCGCACAAAACCCAAUAAUUAAAAAAUGAUUUGUUUUUUGUUUUGUUUUUAGUUUUUAAAUGUCAUUAAUUUAAUGACUUAUUUGUGUUAAUAGUUUUCCUUAAGUCAGCUCUAAUGUGUUUAUUGUUUUGUUGAUUUAAAUACAGUUUAUUG